GAUUCAGCAUUACAUGUUACUCGUCCGUUGUUAUAUACGUUGAUUGUUAUGAAUGCUGAUUGUUAUGAACGCUGAUUGUGACCGACUGUCUAGUUAUCUCCACUUCGCUUUAGAAUAGAACAGAGGCGGAGACCGACCCCUCGACUCCUCCCCCCGGUGACGGUCGCCCUGGAACCAGGAAGUGGCCGGCUCUGAGCCAGAAGAAGUAAACAAACGCGCCGCGGCUGAGAGCUUGCAAGGAGACUACACGAGAAUGAGCUGAAUGAAGCGGCAACAGAGCUGACAGAUCUCCCGACGCAGAUCGAAGCAUGGACGCCAGAAUCACGCAGUGCCUCCCGUGCCUCGCUUUAUUUCUCCUGCUUGCGGGAUGUUUUGCAGAAGAUGUGACCUACGCCAGCGCCUUCUACUCCAAGGGGCCCCUAAAACUCUCCAAGUUCAGCUCUUUCUCCAGCGCCCGCCUCCACCACUUCCGCGUGCCGGAGGACACGGUGCUCGUGCGCUGGCUGCUCACGGUGACCAGGGGCUCGGGGCUCAACUGCGGGACUCAAAACGUCACUGUCCACUUCAGGGCGGGCGCUCCGCCGGUGAUUGACCCGGUCGGCACGGCGUUUCCCAACCAGACGGCGGUGACGCUGGCGUGGAACCUCACUCUGAGCGUGGGCGCUAGGCAACAGCAGAACCAGACUCUGGUCAACGUCAGCAGCCCCGCGUGUGGAGACUGGUUUGUAGCUGCCCACCUACCAGAGGAUGAUGGGAAGAUACAGCAGAAGGGUCUGCCGUCCUGCUUCUACCUCUUUCAGCCCCAGAUGUUGAUUAGGCGGGCCGUGGACACGCCCACUUUGCUGCCCAACAUUCCACUGUCUCAGACCCUCUCCAGUGCACACACACCCAGCAUCCUCAAGUUCUUUGUUCCUGAAUUCUCGACUCAGUUGGCGGUAACCAUAGUGACGUGUGCAGUAGAAGGUGUGGCCAGGCCCACCUGUGGACUGGGUCUUCUGAUUGGCUCGGCGUCUUCAGGGCGGGACUCCAGACUGACCUAUAACUGCUCGGGGGAGGGGCCAUGCACAGCUUCUGUGUCCGCCCCCCCCUGGGGCACCUGGGUACAGGUUGCCGUGGAGACCAGCCUUGCCAACGUCACGAUGACCUUCAACAUCUCUGCAAACUCCACAGUUGCUUGUAAACCCAAGAGUGCUCCAGCUGAUUUCAACAGCAACUUCACCGUAUCCGUGAGCAACGGCACCACGGCUCCCAACGUCUCCACGGAGACGAGCGCGGUUGCCCGCGGCGACAGCUCGGCGGGCUCGUGCAUCCUGACCCCGGCGGUGUCCCGUGAGGACACAGACGUCCUGUCGCUGCGCUUCACUGUUGCCGACGGCAACCUGACCGUGCCCUCUGACCCCCCGACCCUCGUGACCUUCGACCUCAACUCAGCGGCGACCAGCGGAGGGACGCUAAAUGUCCAGAUCAGCCUCAAUAGGAGCUCUGUGAUUGGUGGCUUCACUAGCGUGAGGGCGUGUCUGACCCCCUCUGUCCCCGUGAUGGCCCUGAACAACAGCCAAUCAUGUGCAACAGCAUUUGUGCAGGGUUACUCUUUGAGUGUUGACAGCAGUGUGACCGAGACCGCCCUCAGGAUUCCUUUUCCAGAAGCCUCCAUGUGGUACCUCACUCUACAGACUCUCUGUAAUAACAGUAGUGAGUGCAGUAAUGUUAGUGCAGUGGUGGGUGUGUCUGUGAAUGUGAGUGCCUGUAUAGAUGACUGCGGGGCGUAUGGCGACUGCAGACUACUGAGAACACACAGCUACCUUUACGCCUCCUGCGCCUGCAAAGCAGGUUGGCGUGGUUGGGGGUGUACUGAUGGGUCAAAGGCUCUGUCCUUCUCCCUUCAGCUGCGUUCGGUUCUCUUCCUGACGCUCAGCAACCUCCUCUUCCUCCCGCCCAUCAUCCUGGCCCUCUACCGCGGAUACCUCCCCGAGGCCGCCGUCUACCUCUACAACAUGUUCUUCUCCACGUUCUACCAUGCAUGUGAUCAGCCUGGGGUGACUGUCCUGUGUAUACUGGACUACGACACGCUGCAGUUCUGUGACUUCCUGGGUUCCUGUACCUCCGUCUGGGUCACAGUCAUCUGCAUGGCAAAGUUGCAGGACCUCUUCAAAUACGUGCUCUUCAUGUCGGGCGCUCUCCUGAUCGCCAUGGCGAUGUCGUUGGACCGGCAUGGCCUCUGGAACUUUCUCGGACCACUGCUGUUUGCACUCAUCACCAUGGUAUCGGCCUGGGUGUACCGGGGUGUGGGGCGUCGUCAGUGCUACCCUCCUCUGUGGCGUCGCUGGGUGUUCUACCUCCUGCCGGGGAUCGCGCUGGCGCUCAUCGGCGUGUGUGUGUACGUCUUCGCCGAGACCGACGGCAACUACCUGUACACACACUCGCUGUGGCACGUUCUCAUAGCAACCAGCAUCCUCUUCCUCCUGCCCCCACGCGACACACACACACAGCCCUGGGGGUGGACACACUCGCUCUGCGGCUACAAGAUCUGCAAGAACCAAAAAGAGGACCUUUACACUGUCUCCUAACUUACACACACACACACACACACACACACA